ACUGAAGUAUAUAUGAUUUAGGACACACUAGCUCUCCUAGAGCAUCUUCUUUGUGCUUGGUGUGCCUUCUCAGUUGAGAUGGGUAUCCAUGGAGGUUUGGUCAGGAGUGUGUUCUCGAGAAAUCGAUCUUUUAAGACUCAGGAGAGCAAUGGGAGGAACAAUAUGACAGAAAGGAGAAGAUGGAGCUCAGUUAGACUGAGAUCAUAUCUAUGUGGGGAUGAAUUCAAUUCAGUGGUUGCAGACAAGGAUUCAGCUUCAGUUAAGAGCUAUGAGGCUAAUAUAUCGCAGCUCACUUCGGUGCUUGUAGAGGUGGAUUCUUGUUCUGCUGAUAGCUCUGAGGCCACUGUUACACAACCAUUGCAAGAUCACUUAGAAGACAAGGAAGAUAUGCACAUCUACAACACAAUGUCUGAAGAGCAAGCAGCAAUCAUCAUCCAGUCAGCAUUUAGAGGCUUUCUGACUAGGCAUCAAAAUGAAGGGAUCAAAUCAGAGGGUGGUAAACAGGAGCUUAUUGUAGGAUCAGAAAGUCCAAGUAUGCAGUCUCUGGGGACAUCAGUUGAAGUUCAAACAGGAAAUUCGGUGGAAGUGCACUCGGUACAGGAGGAAAACUUGGCUGCUCAAAACCGGCUGACACAACAGAAAGCUAGAGCUCAAGUGCUAAGGCUUAAGGAAGACUGGGAUGAUAGCACAUUGAGUAGCAACAUGUCAAAAAUGAGGAUGCAGAACAGAUUGGAAGCGACAACCAGGCGCGAGAGAGCAUUAGCUUAUGCUUUUUCACAACAGCUACGGAUCUGUUCAAAGAAAAAACAUGCGAGAUCUGAUGGCACAGAACAGAAUAUGGGGUGGAGCUGGCUAGAACGAUGGAUGGCAACCCGCCUCCCCGAAAGCUCAAGCUCCUUGGUCGAAACUCCUACAAGCAAUAUUCAGCUGGUUGAGCCAAUUAACAGCAACCAAAGAAUUGUGAUGAUCAGGAAGAGGUUAUUUGAUGGAAUGGGUGAAGAGAAAGAGAGCUGUGGAUCUAAUGAUGUGACUGUUGCAUUUGACAACUUUUCAGUAACAACAGAAGAGGGGAACAUUAGCUUUAACUCAGUUGAUCAAAACAGGUUCAAGGCUACAAAAGGUGUAUCAAGGCGAAAAACUGUGCCGAGUUAUGAGUGUGGGAAAAAUUACGUCAAGGUAAGCAAGAAGGAUUGUUCAAGGGAGGCUGAGGAAUAUGCAAUCGACAAGUCGAAGAAAACCGGGAGGGUCAAGUGCAGAAACUCUUCAUUUUGACGAUAACAGCUUUCUCACUAGUAAUGUCGAAAUCUGCUACUGUAAGAUAAAUAAGCAGAU